GACGCGGGAAGGAUUGAUCGCAAGAGCAUGAGAGAAAUGAGCGUAUCUUCGGACGGACGACGGGAUCUGCUUGCAUCGCAUCGCAGAGCAAGCAGAAGCCCACGAGAGCAUUUACCACACACUGCAUGAUAUCGCGGCGGGGAUAUUGAGCGCAUAGAUAGAUAUGUGGAUAUACGGCUACUGGGUCUCGACAUUGGGGAAAACCGCGCGCAUUUGCUAUGGGAUACGACCAACUGGUUGGUUAGGCGCUUCGUUGCAUUGUCUGUACAUUAAUUGUGUCUAUACAUUGGAAUUCCUUUUCUUCAUCUUUCUGGCUAGGACCUGCUGCGUGAGGAGUGCUGUAGGUAUAUAUAUAUGUGAGGGACAACCCGGGCGGGGUAUCUCACGCGACACGAGGGCUGAUCUGGUCUUCCUCUCUCUCUCUCUCUCUCUCCCUCCCUCCCUCCCAAUGUCGCAUCCCAGCAUUCAGGUCAUAUGCUGGCUCUAGCAUCUGCUCUUCAAGGCCAUGGUACAGAGAACUCCCCAAGUUGCUCAACUGAUUCAGUCGGAUUGGCGCGACUCAUCCGGGGCCGGGAAGCAAGGGAUGCGUCCCGUG